AUGGCGAGCGCGCGUCGCACCUCCAACUUCCCCACACGCGUCCCCGGAAGCCACGAUCGACCGGGGAGCCGAGACACGGACAAGGAGGAGAUAUGGAAGCCUAUGUUGGAUAAUAUCUCGAGUGGAAAGCGACUGCCAGAAAAGAGUCUAUUGGUACUGGGCGGAACACCAGAGACACAACGAGAAUUCCUAGAAUCAGUAUCGACAGACUCUGCAAACAACCGGCGACCGCCCGACCGAGGCAGGAAGCCGCCAAUUGCGAACCAAUUCGCCUUGGGCUAUACCUAUCAAGAUGUUCUGGACACGGAUCACGAGGAUACUCUGGCUCGCCUCUCGCUCUACCUCCUCGCUAAUCCGUCGCCAUCCUUCACGCCCCUAAUCAAGCCCUACCUCAACCCACGAACCCUCCCGCACAUGCUUAUCGUCAUACUCCUAGACUGGAAUCACCCAUGGCUGUGGAUACGGCAACUUCGCGACUGGAUCAGAGUGCUGCGAUCGCUCAUUGUCUCGCUCGAUGACAACUCCAAGGUGGUUCUAGAGGAGAACAUUCAAACACUACAAGACAAGGGACGCAACCUGCCAUCUGAAGGCAGCAGCAUGGAAAAUGUGAAGAUACCACUUGGACCUGGAGAAUGGGAUGAGCCUCUCGGCAUACCACUGUGCGUAGUGUGCCAGAACGCUGACAAGAUCGAGACUCUUGAAAAGGAGAGGGGCUGGAAAGAGGAGGAAUUCGACUUCAUACUACAGUACAUGCGCACUAUUCUUCUCAAGCAUGGCUCAAGUUUGGUCUACACCAUGCCCACGGCACCGGGGUCCUUGCGAACACUUAUUCACUCCACCCUGGGCAUCAAGUCUCUGCUCAAACAAGAGCAGCUUAGGCACAACGUGACGGAUCGCGACCGUGUCUUGGUUCCACCCAACUGGGACUCAUGGGCGAAGAUUCGUAUCUUACGAGAAGGGUUUGAUGUUGAGGGCAUCAGUGAGAAAUGGAGUGUUGACAUCGAUAUUCCCCAGCACAUGCGGCCAACCAACGGCCAAGUAUCCACACCCGUCGACGGAGAAGCCCAGCCGAACAGCGAAGACACACAGGUUGCGGAAGAGGAAGAGGAAGGACCGUCGGCAACUUCAAUCUACGAAGAGACGAUCCGCAACCCAGAGUCAGACUACGCACUUUCCAGCUUAUCGAAACAAGUCAAUGGGCUCGAAGUGUCGAGCAAAGACCCACAAGCCUUCCUCGCCGAUCAAGUCAACGUUCUUGAACAUCUCCGGCGGGAGGAUGAGAAUGAAGCUGCCAUUAAAGCUGCGCGCAAAGAACAAGAUCCCUCGACUACUAGGACCUGGACUGACGAUGCAUCGGGUGUUGUCGAGGAGCAUAUUGGACCUGUACAGUUCAACAUGGGUGGUAUCCAAGUCAACGCCGAUGAGAUGGUGAAGAGGCUACAGGACCGUCAAGCCAACCGACUAGACGAACCAGAGACACCACCCCCCAAAACACAGGAUACCAACAUCAACGACAACGAGAAGCUGAGAUCCUUCUUCUCAAGUUUGGUCAAUAAGGCGCCUUCAAACAGUCCAAGGGGAUCAUAG